CCCCGAACCACUAGACGGCUAUUGCAGGUCCAGCCAGCCUGCAAUGCAUCUCUACAACCUCACGCUCCAGCCCUCGACGACCAUUAGUCAGGCUAUCGUUGGAAACUUCUCGGGGGCAAGGCAACAAGAAAUUAUUGUCUCGCGGGGCACGCGACUCGAACUCCUUCGUCCGGACGUGCAGACUGGUAAAGUCUCAACAGUCGUCACAAGUGAUGUCUUUGGGUCCAUUCGCUCGUUGACGGCUUUUCGAUUGACUGGAGGCACGAAGGACUACGCGAUCGUAGGCUCGGACUCCGGCCGUAUCGUCAUUCUCGAUUAUGACCCCAAAACAAGCAGCUUUGUCAAAGUCCACCAAGAGACCUACGGCAAGUCCGGCGCACGGCGUAUCGUUCCUGGACAAUACCUCGCUACUGACCCAAAGGGUCGCAGCGUCAUGAUUGCCGCGACGGAGAAAGCGAAGCUCGUGUACAUUCUCAACCGCGAUGCUGCCGCCAACCUCACCAUUUCCUCACCGCUCGAGGCUCAUAAGAAUAAUGCCAUCAUUCAUCACAUUGUGGGCCUGGACGUUGGCUUUGAAAACCCAACAUUCGCCGCACUGGAGGUGGAUUACUCUGAGUCGGACCAAGACCCGACUGGAGAGGCGUUCAACAACGCAGAAAAGCUCUUAACUUACUACGAAUUGGAUCUUGGACUCAAUCACGUUGUGCGCAAAUGGAGCGAACCCACUGACCCACGUGCAAACCUCCUCGUGCAGGUGCCGGGAGGGCAGCUAGCCUCUUCCGACCGCUACGAUGGCCCCUCUGGUGUGUUAGUAUGCUGUGAAGAUCAUAUCAUCUAUCGACACAUGGAUGCCCCUCAGCACCGAGUGCCCAUUCCCCGCCGGCGGCAUCCAUUAGAGGAUAAGGAGCGUGGUCUCAUCAUAACUGCGGCAGUCAUGCACAAGAUGAAGGGCGCGUUCUUCUUCUUGCUGCAAAGUGAGGAGGGCGACCUCUACAAGGUAACAAUCGAGCACGAAGAGCAGGAUGUCAAAGCCUUGAAGAUCAAAUACUUCGACACUGUGCCUGUUGCUUCAAGUCUCUGCAUCUUGAAAUCCGGUUUCCUAUUUGUUGCGGCAGAGUUUGGCAACCAUCAUCUCUACCAGUUCCAGAAACUCGGAGAUGACGACAACGAGCCCGAAUUCUCCUCUACUAUGUACCCGAACUUUGGCAUGGCAAACCCCGCUAUCUCUCUUCCUCCUGCAUACUUUAGCCCUCGUGGUCUCGACAACCUGACGCUGGUUGAUGAACUUGAGAGCCUGGAUCCCGUCGUUGACGCGAAGGUUCUCAACCUCCUACCCAAUUCUGAUUCACCGCAAAUUUUCGCAGCUUGCGGACGCGGUGGUAGAAGCUCUCUGCGAAUGCUGAGACAUGGUCUCGAGGUCGAAGAAGUCGUCAGCUCAGAUCUCCCUGGUAUUCCGAACGCCGUUUGGACAACGAAGCUUCGGGAAGAUGAUCCAUUCGACUCGUACAUUAUUCUGUCCUUCGUCAAUGGCACUCUCGUCCUUUCAAUCGGUGAGACAAUCGAAGAAGUGCAAGAUACAGGCUUCCUCUCCUCGUCCCCCACACUUGCCGUUCAGCAACUCGGCGCAGAUGCUCUCCUGCAAGUGCACCCUCAUGGUAUCCGACAUGUACUGGUGGAUCGCCGUGUUAACGAGUGGCGUGUGCCGCAAGGCAAGACGAUCGUUUGCGCCACCACCAAUCGUCGGCAAGUCGUUGUCGCUCUGAGCAGUGCCGAGCUUGUCUACUUCGAACUCGACUUGGAGGGUCAGUUGAACGAGUACCAGGAGCGGAAAGCCAUGGGCAGCACCGUCCUUGCGCUGAGUGUCGGUGAGGUGCCUGAAGGCAGGCAGCGCACGCCAUUCCUCGCUGUCGGAUGCGAGGACCAAACGGUGCGCAUCGUGUCCCUCGACCCCGAGAGCACGCUCGAGACGAUCAGUCUGCAAGCGUUGACGGCGCCCCCGUCUGCAAUCUGCAUUGCCGACAUGUUGGAUGCUGGUAUCAACAAGGUUCAGCCGACAACUUUUGUAAACAUCGGCUUACAAAACGGCGUGCUGCUGAGGACGGUGCUCGACCCUAUCAAUGGCCAGCUGACUGACACGCGAACGAGGUUCUUGGGAACGCGCCCCAUUAAACUUGUUCGCGUGCAGAUACAGAGGAACCCUGGCAUUCUCGCUCUCUCGUCCCGGUCAUGGUUAAACUACACCCACCAGAACCUUAUGCAUUUCACACCUCUGAUCUUCGACAAUCUCGAUUACGCUUGGAGCUUCUCCGCGGAACUCUGCCCGGAGGGUCUCAUUGGUAUCUCAGGGAGCGUUCUGAGAAUUUUCCAAAUUCCUAAGCUGGGUACGAAGCUCAAGCAGGACUCCAUUCCUCUCUCAUACACACCGCGCAAGAUGAUUGUGCACCCUACGAACGGGUUCUUCUACAUGAUCGAAGGCGACCAUCGGGUUAUGGGAGAGGAGGCGAAACAGAAGAAGAUCGAGGAGCUGAGGCAGCAAGGGAAGCAAGUUGACGAAGAGAUGCUGAACCUUCCUCCAGAAGUGUUUGGUCGGCCAAAAGCACCUGCGGGCACAUGGGCGUCGGGUAUCCGUAUCGUCAGUCCCGUUGAUGCACAAACGGUCAAUUUCAUACCGCUCGACAACAACGAGGCCGCGUUCUCGAUAGCUGUCGUGCCAUUCACGGCCCGCGGAGGCGAAUUGACCUUGGUUGUCGGUACUGCUCAAGACACAUUCCUCGCACCACGUUCAUGCACGAGUGGCUUCCUGCGUACCUACCGGUUCUUGGAUGAUGGUCGGGACAUUGAGUUGCUGCACAAAACGGAGACGAAUGACGUUCCACUCGCUAUCAUGGCCUUCCAAGGUCGCCUGGCUGCUGGUAUUGGCAAAGCUUUGAGAAUCUACGAUAUCGGAAAGAAAAAGCUCCUGCGCAAGGUCGAGAGCAAGAACUUUUCUAACGCAAUCGUAACGCUGAAUACGCAAGGUUCGCGCAUCAUUGUUGGUGACAUGCAAGAGUCGAUUUUCUAUGCCGUCUACAAGCCACCAGAAAACCGCUUGCUCAUUUUCGCCGACGAUGCCCAGCCGCGCUGGAUUACCGCUGUCACGAUGAUCGACUACAACACUGUCGCCGCCGGUGACCGCUUCGGCAAUGUCUUCGUGAACCGACUCGACCCCAAGAUCAGUGACCAGGUCGACGACGACCCAACAGGCGCGGGCAUCCUGCACGAGAAGGGCAUCCUCAUGGGCGCGCCGCACAAGACGGCGAUGAUCGCGCACUUUCACGUCGGCGACAUCGUGACGUCGAUUCACAAGGUCUCGCUCGUCGCGGGCGGACGCGAGCUGUUGCUCUACACCGGGCUGCACGGCACGGUCGGCAUCCUCGUGCCGUUCGUCUCGAAGGAGGACGUCGACUUCAUCUCGACGCUCGAGCAGCACAUGCGCACGGAGCAGCUCAGCCUCGUCGGGCGCGACCACCUCGCAUGGCGCGGGUACUACGUGCCUGUCAAGGCUGUCGUCGACGGCGACCUCUGUGAGAUGUUCGCGCGUCUGCCGGCGUCGAAGCAGAGCUCGAUCGCGACCGAGCUAGACCGCACCGUCGGUGAGGUGCUCAAGAAGCUCGAGCAACUCCGGGUCACUGCGAGCGGGUUCUAGAUGUUCUGUAUGGCGUGCUUGCCAGAGUGUUGUUGUACCUAUCUCCUACUCUUAUAAUGCUACAAUAAAAAUUAUGUCUUCGAUGGCA